UAUUGGCGGCUGUUGAGGGCGCGGAAACUGAACUGCCGGAACUUCGGGCCGGCCGGCGCCAUGGCGGCCCCCUGCUUGGAUGAUCCAUCAUUGGAGAGAAAUUUCAGAGGCCACAAAGAUGCUGUUACCAGUGUGGAUUUCAGUUUCAACAUGAAGCAGUUAGUAAGUGGCAGCAUGGAUUCAUGUUUGAUGAUCUGGCACAUGAAACCUCAUAUGAGAGCCUAUCGUUUUGUGGGGCAUAAAGAUGCAGUGAUGUGUGUUCAGUUUUCCCCUUCUGGUCACCUUGUGGCAUCAGGAUCUAGAGAUAAAACUGUCCGAGUAUGGGUGCCAAAUCUCAAAGGUGAAUCUACAGUUUUCAGAGCUCACACAGGAACUGUAAGAAGUGUCCAUUUUUCCAAUGAUGGUCAGUCAUUGGUGACAGCCUCAGAUGAUAAAACAGUAAAAGUGUGGACAGUGCACCGCCAGAAAUUUUUGUUCUCAUUCAGCCAGCACAUCAACUGGGUCCGCUGUGCCAAAUUCUCUCCUGAUGGAAGGCUGAUCGUGUCUGCCAGUGAUGAUAAAACUGUCAAGUUGUGGGAUAAGACUAGCAGAGAAUGUGUGCAUUCCUUUUGUGAACAUGGCGGGUUUGUCAAUUAUGUGGACUUCCAUCCCAGUGGGACAUGCAUUGCUGCUGCUGGUACAGAUAACACUGUCAAGCUGUGGGACGUCAGGACCAACAGGCUCCUUCAGCAUUAUCAGUUGCACAGUGCCGUGGUAAAUGCCCUUUCCUUUCACCCAUCCGGAAACUACCUGAUCACAGCUUCCAGUGAUUCAACACUGAAGAUUCUAGACUUGAUGGAAGGCAGGUUGUUAUAUACUCUUCAUGGCCAUCUGGGGCCAGCUACCUGUGUUGCCUUUUCAAGAUCAGGGGAAUUAUUUGCUUCUGGAGGUGUUGAUGAGCAAGUGAUGGUAUGGAAGUCUAACCUUGCUACUGAUUAUGGAGAUCCCCUGAAGAACCACAGAUCUGGCGGUGCAAGGGGCUAUGCCAAGAGUCCGCCAGAAAUGGAUUUCUCAGAGACUUCCCUCGGAAUAAAAGCUCAGGAUCCCAUCAGGAGCCCACAGACAGAUGUAGUCACCCUUCCUCCAACCAUUACCAACACCCUGGAGCAUAUCGUGGGCCAGUUGGAUGUCCUCACCCAGGAACUGCACUCAAAAGCAUCGUCCUUCCUGGAAGGCCUUCAUCUGUUUUCCCAGGGAAAAUCAUUUUUAGACUGUUUCCAUUCUAGAACAGAGACUGACCCUGACAGAAGACAAACUCAAGCAAUGUUUGGAAAAUCAGCAGUUAAUAAUGCAGGGUAAAGCCGAGUGAUUUGAAGAAGAAAGCAAAAUCAAGCAUGAUAAUAGAUUUGGGGGGGGGUGAGGGUGUAAUGCGUUUGUAAUGUGUGAAUUAUAUAAAUAAAACUGAUAUUUUA